UACAGACAGCAGCUCAGCGCUGAAAGUCAAUAAACCUGUAAUGCGUCCUCGCUAAAUCAGUUUAUUAGCUACUCUCUCUGGAGCUUAAAUUAAUGUCGAACAUGGACGCCGAGUCUUCAGAAGAGAAGGUGAAAACCGACCUUUACUCGCUUGAUAAUAACUCCUCCGCCUUGAGGACAAGCGAUGUUUACAGGGUGAAUAAAAAUCUCCCAAACCGUUUCAACCAUCCCGACAGCUUCAGAUACAGUAAGAAGACGGUCCAUCCACUGUACCAAACAACCAACCAGGUUUAUGGAAGUAAGAAGCCGACAGUUCACGAAAUGCCAACAACCUUCCAUGGAAGUCACCGGAAGUUUUCCGAGCACAUUCUGAAGAGCGGGAUGUACAGAGACAAUGGCUUCAACACAUCGCUGGAAAAGAGCCGAAUCUCAGGGCCAAGCACUAUCGCAGUGCUUCACAACAGGAUCAUCUUUCACCAUUCAUACCGCACUGAGGGAAAUGAGCAGGCCGAGGCUAAUGUGGCCUAAAUGUGGUAUAGCUAAUGUCAUGAUGUAAAUAAAAAUGUAAUAAAUA